AUGAGGCCGAACAGGUCUCCAGAGGAGAGCACUGAGGGAGAUGCUGGGAGAACAGAGUGGAAGCCCCCGGCGAAAGAUGCUUUCAAAGACAUCUCUGUAUACUUCUCCAAGGAAGAAUGGGAAGAGAUGGGAGAAUGGGAAAAAAUUCGAUAUAGGAAUGUGAAAAGGAACUACGAAGCGCUGAUUGCUAUAGGUUUCAGAGCCACUCGACCAGCUUUCAUGCAUCACCGCAGGCAGGUCAUCAAACUCCAGGUAGAUGACACUGAGGAUUCUGAUGAAGAAUGGACACCAAGGCAGCAAGGUAAACCUUCUUUGAUGGCCUUCAGAGUGGAGCACAAUAAACACCAAAAGGCAAUGUCCAGGGCACCAUUAAGUAAGGAAUCUAGUUUGAAGGAAUUGCCAGGAGCAGCAAAAUUGCUGAAGACAAGUGGCUCCAAGCAGGCUCAGAAACCGGUGCCCCCUCCCAGAAAAGCAAGGAUCCCUGGACAGCACCCCAGACAAAAAGUCGAAUGCAAAAGAACGGAGACUGGAGUGAAGAGGUACAGUCUACGAGAAAGAAAGGGCCAUGUGUACCAAGAGGUCGGCGAGCCCCAGGAUGACGAGUACCUCUAUUGUGAGGAGUGUCAGAACUUCUUCAUCGACAGCUGUGCUGCCCACGGGCCCCCAACCUUCGUAAAGGACUGUGCAGUGGAAAAGGGGCAUGCCAACCGCUCAGCCCUCACUCUGCCCCCUGGGUUAAGUAUCAGACUGUCGGGCAUCCCUGAGGCUGGGCUUGGAGUGUGGAAUGAGGCGUCUGAUCUGCCGCUGGGCCUGCACUUUGGUCCCUAUGAGGGCCAGAUCACAGACGAUGAAGAGGCCGCCAACAGUGGAUACUCCUGGCUGAUCACCAAAGGGAGAAACUGCUACGAGUAUGUGGAUGGAAAGGACACGUCCUUGGCCAACUGGAUGAGGUAUGUGAACUGUGCCCGGGACGACGAGGAGCAGAACCUGGUGGCCUUGCAGUAUCAAGGGCAGAUCUUCUACCGAACCUGCCGGGUGGUCAGGCCGGGCUGUGAGCUGCUGGUCUGGUACGGGGACGAGUAUGGCCAGGACCUCGGCAUCAAGCGGGACAGCAGCGGGAAGAGCGAGUUCGCGGCCGGGAGAGAACCGAAGCCCGAGAUCCACCCAUGUGCCUCCUGCUCUCUGGCCUUCUCCAGUCAGAAAUUCCUCAGCCAACACGUCCAACGCAAUCACCCCUCUCAGACCCUCCUGAGACCAUCUGCAAGAGACCACCUCCAACCAGAGGAUCCCUGCCCAGGCAAUCAAAAUCAGCAGCAGCGAUAUUCCGAUCCACACAGCCCAAGUGACAAACCUGAGGGUCGCGAGGCCAAGGACAGGCCCCAACCUUUGCUGAAAAGCAUAAGGCUGAAGAGGAUUUCAAGGGCCUCCUCCUACUCACCCAGAGGACAAAUGAGGGCUUCUCGGGUGCAUGAGAGAAUCACAGAAGAGCCCAGCACAAGCCAGAAACUGAAUCCAGAGGACACGGGCAAAUUACUCAUGGGGGCAGGGGUCUCAGGGAUUAUAAAAUUCAAGUACGGAGAGUGUGGGCAAGGAUCCAAGGAUAGGUCAAGUCUCAUCACAAACCAGAGGACACACACAGGGGAGAAGCCCUAUGUUUGCAGGGAGUGUGGGCAAAGCUUCAGUCAGAAGUCCCAUCUCAUCACACACCAGAGGACACACACAGGGGAGAAGCCCUAUGUUUGCAGGGAGUGUGGGCGAAGCUUCAGUCGGAAGUCAGUCCUCAUCACACACCAGAGGACACACACAGGGGAGAAGCCCUAUGUUUGCAGGGAGUGUGGGCGAAGCUUCAGUCGGAAGUCAGUCCUCAUCACACACCAGAGGACACACACAGGGGAGAAGCCCUAUGUUUGCAGGGAGUGUGGGCAAAGCUUCAGUCAGAAGUCAGUCCUCAUCACACACCAGAGGACACACACAGGGGAGAAGCCCUAUGUUUGCAGGGAGUGUGGGCAAAGCUUCAGUCAGAAGUCCCAUCUCAUCACACACCAGAGGACACACACAGGGGAGAAGCCCUAUGUUUGCAGGGAGUGUGGGCAAAGCUUCAGUCAGAAGUCAGUCCUCAUCACACACCAGAGGACACACACAGGGGAGAAGCCCUAUGUUUGCAGGGAGUGUGGGCGAAGCUUCAGUCAGAAGUCAGUCCUCAUCACACACCAGAGGACACACACAGGGGAGAAGCCCUAUGUUUGCAGGGAGUGUGGGCGAAGCUUCAGUCAGAAGUCAGUCCUCAUCAGACACCAGAGGACACACACAGGGGAGAAGCCCUAUGUUUGCAGGGAGUGUGGGCGAAGCUUCAGUCAGAAGUCAGUCCUCAUCACACACCAGAGGACACACACAGGGGAGAAGCCCUAUGUUUGCAGGGAGUGUGGGCAAAGCUUCAGUCAGAAGUCAGUCCUCAUCACACACCAGAGGACACACACAGGGGAGAAGCCCUAUGUUUGCAGGGAGUGUGGGCGAAGCUUCAGUGUCAAGUCACAUCUCAUCAGACACCAGAGGACACACACGGGAGAAAAGCCGUAUGAGUGCCAUCUGUGUGGAAAAGCCUUCACUGAGUCUUCUGUCCUUAGACGACAUGAGAGGACUCACACUGGAGAGAAGCCAUACGAAUGUCACCUGUGUUGGAAAGCCUUCACUGAUUCUUCUGUCCUUAAGCGGCAUGAAAGAACUCACACUGGAGAGAAGCCAUAUGAAUGUCACCUAUGUGGGAAAACCUUCAAUCACUCCUCUGUCCUUAGACGACAUGAAAGAACUCACACGGGUGAGAAACCGUAUGAAUGCAAUAUAUGUGGUAAAGCCUUCAAUAGGAGUUAUAACUUUAGAUUGCAUAAGAGAAUUCACACUGGAGAGAAACCAUAUAAAUGUUACCUAUGUGGAAAAGCCUUCAGUAAAUAUUUUAACCUCAGACAACACGAGAGAACUCAUGCUGUAAAGGUAAUAAAUGAAGAUUCACCACCCAUACCUUCAAAGUAUAAACACUCUUGAGGACUCACACAAUGAAGAAAUACUGUGUUUAUUUUCAAUGUAUAAGAGUCAUUAUGCAUCCUUAUUAAUUGACUAAAGUUAAUUCACAGUAGACAGAAUCCAUGUGCAUGUCACCUGUGUAACAAAGCCUUUAGCAGUGGACUCAUGGGAGAACAAACUGAAUGGAAUGAAUGUGGAGGGAGCUUCAUCCUCAGCUGUGACUGUGAAA